AUGGCAAAGAGUAGCAGAAGUGGUGCUGGUGAUGAUCACAGCAGCCACGACGAUACCAAUACAAUUGUAGUGAAUAGAGAAAUGUCCUCAAUGGUGCGGCUUCCACUCGAUGUCUUGCAGUUGUGCCUCUCCUUUCUUCCAGCUGCCUUCACGCUGCUCACAUUGACUAGCGUCUCGUCACGCUUUGCGGCUGUUGUGCGAAGCGAGGAGUACUGGUGUAACCUGUGGGCCGACUACACUGCCGCGUGUUUCGGCCGCUACGUGCAAUCCGCAUCGUUAUCAACCGAAGGAUCACCGCCAACGAUAAGCAGAAUAGAUGCGGGUGGAACCGCCGGCGUCCCUGUUGCUUCAUGCAGGCAAUACAUAUUAUUUCUGGCGUCGAUUUCAAAGGCCCCGCAGCUGUGGUUGGGUUGCUUUGAGACUAACGGCAAAAUGAGAUUUACAGAGAUCGACGACGUGAUAAAGAUUGGACUUCCAGUGAAGCCGCUUCUGCUGCUCUCCGCGCAUAUCGAUGUGGCAGCUGUUGCGCGUCACUGUGCACGCUCAGCAGCCGAGGAUAAGGAAACAGAAUCAGCAGGAAGAGGUGAGAGAAAGCCGGGCGUGCGAUGCUGCAAUGACCCACUGCGGCAGUGCAAGGCUUUGUGCUUCCUCGAACACGGAGCUGAGGAUAGUGCCGGAGUGGCUUGCCGGCCCAUGAUUGACGGCAUCCACGCAAUACGGCUCCUCGUGUUUUCACACACGUUGCCCCCACCAGGCCGUCGCGACGGCACCGCACUCGAGCGGGAGGGGGCGCUUGUCGAGUUCGUUGACAGCAUCGAGUACGCGUGGGAUUGUUGCCACCCGGCGCGGCAGUUGACCUCCGCACCAACAAGAGCAGGAACGGGGUGGCAGCUGACCAUGCAGAUGGAGGAAGUGGCAACGUCCAUCUUCUUUGAUAGCGAUGCGGUGGCAGUGAGGGCAGAGGGUCGAGACUACCGCAAAGAUAUCUUCUUUUAUGUUGUUGACUCAUCACCAUCAUCAUCUUCAUCGGUUCCCAUCGCAGUUAGGGGCGAGGAGGCGGCACUCUCUUUGCGCUACCCUCUCGAGGACACGCUUGUUUACUUGUUUCUGCUUCACCACGUCACCUUCUCUGACAUUCACCAGCAUGCCUGGGACCACGAGCGGAAGUGCGCCAUCUGCAGCCGUCUCGUGAGUCCCACAGGGCACGCGGUGGAGUUCCGCUUCUUCUUGUCGUGGCUGAUCGGCAGCUACCCGCGCUUCUUUGUCAACGCCGUGUUUGCCGCCGGUCACCUGCCACGCACAUGCAUACAGGAGACGUUCGACCAGGAGAACCACCCCAUAGGGACUACGACGGCAGCCGCAGCAGAGGAGGAGGAGGAGGAGGAUAGUCCUUUGCCGCCGCCGAAGCUUGCGACGUUGUUUUUAGGUGGUUAUGGCCGUGUGGAGGUGGACAUUGCCCCGACUGUGUCGCGUGAGGACUUCGUGCGGCUGCGCGACACCCUCGGCCUCUCCACGACAUUCCCGAUGCCACUGCUGUGGAACGUCGUUAUGUUCGCCACGGGUGUGGGCGGGGCGGUGCUGCGCGAGCACCAGCCGUCCUUUUCGACGUACUAUCAGUCGUCCUUCACGGCGGCGUUUGAGAAAGUAUUUCCAUCUCACGGCACAAAUAUUUAA